AUGCCAUUGACGUCCAAGCUCGUGUUGAAGAAAAGAGGACGGCAAAAAGGGCAUGAGACAACCAGGAUGAGGAAUUCAAAAACGGGUACGCGAAGCCUUUUAUUGGUGAACCUAAUCAUAUGA